AUGCGGGUGGCCGCCUGCCUGAGCGACAACUUUCUCCUCUCACUUUCUUCUCUUCCUGAAACGCAGAGGCAGUUCAUCAUCGCCAUCUCCACCUGCAAAGAUGAGGACCUUCUAGGCCACCUCCGGCCCUUCAAGGGCUGGAUGUGGGAACGGCAGGGGGAUGUGUCUGCGUGGGCGCCGGCCCUAAACCGCUUUGACGAUCUCUUGAAUGCCUACGCAGUGCACACAGGGCUUGCGCCUGAGGCUGCAGCUUCCCAGCCUCCCCCUUCCUUUGUCCCUUGUGAAGCCCUUGUUGUCGCCAUUCUCGAGACUUCUUACAUUGUGCUCGAGAACUGUUCCUCUAAGGCAAGUGCACUACGGGGGCUGAGGGGCCCUGGGGGCCCCCGACCAGCUGGGGGCCCCCCCCGCGACUUGUCUUUAGAAGGAAACCGAAGAAAUGCCCUUCCGCGGGACUGCCCCGACUUCGGAAAUCGCCUCUCGCUGUUCUGCUUCAGACCCGUGGCCUAUGACGCCUUCGUGCUGCAGCGGCAGCCGCAGCUGGCAGCUGCGCGCACCGCAAGGCACUCGCCGUCGCCGCCCCCUCUGCCGCGGCUCAGCAGCAGCAGCAGCGGCAGCAGCAGCAGCAGAGGCAGCGGCGGUCCCGGUGACGGCGCGGGCAUGGCGGUUGAAGGCGAUGCAGCAGCAGCAACAGCAGCGGCAGCAGCCGGCAGCAGCGAAACAGCGGCAAACCGGCUGGACCUUCUGUCGUUUUGUCUCGCCGAUGAGCUGCCGUCAGACAUCGACGGGUUCUUCGAGUUGCAGUGGAGUGUUCCUGCUGCUGCAGCGGCAGCAGCUGCAGGAGACAGGAGGGGAAGUGGCUGCAGUGACGCCAUGAUGGUGGACCAUCCGAGCGACAGCAGCAGCAGCGAGCAGCAGCCGCAGCAGCUGCAGCAGCCGCAAGCAGCGCGCACCGUGAGGUUGUUUUGCUCGGAGCUGCUGCUGCCCGGCUUCUGUCGCCGCACAGUGCCCCAUCUUGAUGGGACAGCGUCGUCUUGUUGCACCAGCACCGCUGCUGCUGCUGCUUCCUGCAGCAGCAGCACCACCAGUAGCACACCGGACUGCUGCAGCAGCUCCAGCAGAGACUGCACGGCCUGUGGAGCCCUCGAGGCCCACUGCCAGGCAAUUAUUCGCAAGUACAACAUACCGCCGCAACACCAUCCGGCCGUGCGCCAUCGCAUGCGUUUACUGCACGGGCUGCGUUGUCCAGCAUACCGCGGCGGCUUGGUCGACGUCUAUUUGUGUUCUCUGUCAUGCCUGAUGAUUGUAUCUCCGGCUCAGUUCUCCCAGAUGCUGCAGCAACAGCCGUUGCUGCUUCCGGAGUUUGCGGCGCUGCUGAAGCAUGCAGAACGGAUCAGUUCCCGCACUCUUCUCCUCGCUGCGGACCUUCUGUCGCUCCUCCUGGAAGACAAGACCCUAUAUCGGCAAACCGCUGGUCUUGUCGGUGUGUUUUCUCCCUACGGUUUAUUUCUGUCUUUGUUGCGGCGGCUGCUGGCGAACCCCUUUGCUGACCGGCCCUUUCGCGUGUCUCGGAUCCACACGGCGGUCAGCAGCAGAGCCAGCAGGAGCAGCAGCAAGUGCCGCUGCUGCCAGCAGCAGCAGCAGCAGCCGGUGAUCGAGUACGUGGUUGUGGAGGCGGCGGAUGAGGCCGAGCUGCGCUCUUGGGAGCAGCGAGUGGCCAAGCCGGGGGCCCUUCGCCAACUUGAAAAUGACCUCAACCGCAUGCAGACCCUCAUGCACCUUUUGGCGGCCUACUCCGCGAUAGUUGGCACCACACACAGCGUCAUACAUGCCUUCGUACAACCAAGUCUGCUAAAAGCUCUUAUAGGGUUUCUGCGUCACCGGGACCCUCUCUUGGUUCCCGUGCAGAUGAUAGUCUUGCGGACACUGGAGGCGCAUGUCGAACAGCAGCACAGCAGCAGCAGCACCAGCAACAACAGCCAGCUGCUGCAGUUCAUUCAAGAGGAACUGCAACUGCCUGAAAGGCUCCAGGAGCGCAUGCUCUAUGACGCAGCCUGCAUGCAGCAACGAGUGAAAGACAUGCAGCAGUAUGAACGCUGGGUUGAAAGCUGCAGCUGCUGCAGAAACAGCAGCAGCAGCAGCGGUGGCAGCGGGAGCAGCGAGCUUGCCGUAGACGGGGGAGAGAAGCCCGCUGUGACAGCUCCAGAGAGCAGCAGCAGCAGCUACAGCCCCAUUUGCUGCUCCUCAUACGCCGGCAUUGACUGGACAGAGCGUUGGGUCUACCCCAAAGAUGUAUGUCUCAUUUGCGCAGGCAGCGAUGAUGAGCGGCUGCUGUAUUGGCUGAAAGCCUGCGAAGUGGAAACGCGGCGCUGCGUGCUGAAGACGGCGACGAAACAGUUUUAUUUCUUGGCAGCAAACCACAAAGCAAAUCCCCCGUUCUUCAGAGACAUGCUGGCGCCCAGGGCGCCGCUCUCCGUCUUGUGUUCAGAUAUCAUAGGAAACCCUGAACAUUUCGGCGUUGGCUGCGUUGCCUCCUUCUUCUCGGUCAUUACGGACGCUGUCUCCGACGCCCCCCGUCACGCCACAGCGAUCGCACAGUUGCCUGUCGUGUCUCUGCUGCUGGCCUCCCUGCAUGCGUCAUACCUGCGCAUUUACUUGCAGCAGCAUCAGCAGCAGCAGCUGCAGCUGCAGAUGCAGCAAGAGGGCCGGGAGAAGGAGGAGGGUCAGGGGCCAGGGGAAGGCCUAAGCCCGCAGUUUCACCACCAGCAGCCGCUACUGAUGCUCUGCGAGCAGCAAGACAUGCAUCUGCUACUGCGGAGGCAGCAGCUAGCACAGCAAUGCGUGCUGCUGCACGAGGGCACCCUCAACGCCUUGGGAGCCUUCAUCACCGCCUUGGCCUCGCACACUGCCGGCCUGCGCGUCCUUAGGCAAGACAAGGUGACAGAGCUCGUCGAUUCGGAGCUUCAAAAGCUGCAGCAGCCAAAUAAACAGGAGACGGAACAGCAGCAGCAGCAGCAGCCCCAAGGUCAGUCGCAGGAGGGGGCUGCGCCCGAUGGGGAGCAGCAAACCCCAAGCGCUGCUGUCCCUUCAGGCCCUUCGGGACAGCAGCAGCAGUCGCCUGCUGCAGCAACAGACCAAGCUGCCGAGCCAGCGGGACGUGAUCAAGCAGCGACGAGCGCUGCAGAAACAACUGCUGCAGCCACAGCAGCAGAGGCUGCACCAGCGGCAGCAACCGCGGCAGCAACCGGCGGCGAAGAGUCAAGUCAAAUGGAAGUGUGUGGGACGCACCCACAGAACGAAGGUGCAGCAGCAGCGACUUCAGCAGCAGCUACAGGGCCACCACCUGCAACACGUGCUGCAGCAGAAGUGGCUGGGCCCCCACAAGACGAGGCGGGAGCGGUGCAGGCGGAGAAGGACGCUUUGCUGCUGCUGCGGCGGCACUUGCAGCUGCAGCAGGAGGACCUCCUGUCAUUCCAGGGAGCACUGCGGCACCCAGAUGGGCGCUUCUCUCCGUGGGCUGCCUGUUCUCUUCUGGUGCAUGCUGCUGCUUCUGCGGAUGUGGUUCUUCUUGACAGAUUCGGAGAAGCUGCAGCAGGGCUGGGGACUGCGCUGGACGAAGUGCUGGGGGCCAUAGCGAAUUCGUCCACCUCGACUUCGGAGUCUUUGGGGGGCACUGAGGCCAGAGACGCUCUGGUCCGCCAGACGCUGCUGCUGCUGCAGCAGCUCAUCGUUGCAGCAAAGAAGCUUGAGCCCUGGAAGCCCGUGUCGCCGGCCCGCGCAGCGGAAGAGACUCGCCAGAAGGCCAAGCAGCGGCCUAUGGACGUUUCGGACUUGGAGCUGCGAGGUUCUUCUUCGGAAUGGCUUUUGGAUCGGCUGGCGAAUGCUGGUCGAUUUUUGUCUGCGUUCUUGGCUUCGACGGAGACACAAAGGUCCUUUGUCUCUCGAGGGGGCAUUGUGCUGCUGCUGCAGCUGUGCGACAGCAGCUGCCUGCCCCCCGGCCUGCUGCACCUUUUCCCCCAGCACCCCCUCGUGCACGUGCUGCGCCAUGCGGCGCCGUACGACUCCACGCUGCAGCAGCAAGCAGUGCAGCAGCUGCUGCUAGACAGGGGGCUUUUCGCGCUGCAGCGGCUGCUGACCCUGAAGCGGCGUUGGCAGGAACAGGGCUUCUGGCCUUGCCGUGCGCCUGCACCGGAGGUUGCUGGUGCUGCCGCUGCUGCCGCUGCUGCAGCAGGCGUGCAGCAGCAGCCGCAGCUGCUGUCUACGAUGCCAGAGCCUCUGCGCUCAAUUCCAAGAAAUGAAAGAAAAGAAUUAGUGUUCGCGUUGCAUGCUUGCUGCAAUGCCAUCACCCUCAUGCUGUCGCUACACCGCGAGUUCUGUCAGGCGUACGGGACAACGCCUUCUAGGGCUACUCCGCCGUUUGCGCAGCAGCAGCACGUCCACCAGUUGCUGCUGUUGAACCUCAGCCACCUGCUGCUGCUGCUGCAGCCUUUGCUGCCUUGGCUGCUGCAGCUGCUGUAUGCAUGCGCCGUGCCGGCGGACGGUGAGAACCCGUCGCUGCUGAACCAGAAGCACAACAGCCACGAGCACCCCUCAGUAAGGGCCAGCAGGCUGCUGCACGAGGAGCAGCAGCAACAGCAGCAGCAGUCCAAGCUAGGCACAGCAGCAGCUGCAGCAGAUCAGCCUCUCUCCAAUAACGACAUGCUAUGGAGCUCUCUGGGCGAAUUCGCCUACUCGUCGCCUCCUCCCCUGCCAGCUGGCUGCAGCAGCAGAAUCAGCAGCAGCAGCAGAAUCAGCAGCAGCAGCAGCAGCAGCAGCAGUGACAAUAACAACGCCAGCAGCGGCGCCAGCGCUGAAGCCAGCAGCGCCGCCGCCGCCAGUAGCAGCGAUAGCAGCAGCAGCGACGGCAUGAGAAAUGCAGUGGGCAGCGGGGCCAAAUUCAUAUCAGAUGAAGCAGCAGACAGUCCAGUGGUCCUUCAGGAGCUGCUGCGCGCAGCUUGCCUUACUUUCAGGAACUUCCUCUGCAUGGUGAGCCGCCAAAUUAAUGGCGGCGGGCUCCGCAGGAAGUCGCCGCAGCAACGGCAAAUUGCGUCGGCUCAUUUAUUCCUCAUAGCGGACACGGCAAGAGGCUUCUUGGACUCUAUUCCUUCUGUCCCGCUGCCUGUGGCUCCGCUACUGCAUGCACUGCCAGCUGUGACUGCUGCGGCUGGCAGCAGCUGUAGCAGCGCGCAGCAGCUGGUCGAGCCUGAGGCUGCAGCUGCUGCGGUGGACGCUGCGCGCGCAGCAGCAGUAGCAGCCCCCAGCUCGGCGGCCGAGAUGGAGGUGGACAGCGGCGUCAGCAGCAGCAACAGCAGCAACAGCAGCAGCAGCAGCAGCAGCAGCAAGUUCAGCAUUCAAGGGCUCUCAAUGGCACAGUCGCUUUCCUACUUGUCAGACGUUUGCGACAUUCUGUACAAAUUGCACGUUGACGAAAAGAGUAAAGGAGUCCUGAUGACCCUCAGCUUCGACCUGUUCCACAAGGCAAGUAGCCUUUGGAGAAGAGCAGGAGGAAAAGCAGGAGCAGCAGGCCCAGCAGCAAAAGUAGCAGCAGCAGCAGCAGGCCCAGCAGCAAAAGUAGCAGCAGCAGCAGCCGAAGAGCGUUUUAAAUAA